AUGGCGAGGGUUGAGGCCGAUCGCUCAGAGAAGGCGAGGAGUGGGUUCUUAGCCACUCCAACAAGCAUCGACCCAUUCGGCAGCCUCACGAGGAAACGCGCGCUACGUCCUACAGCCAACUCAUCUCCACUCGCAGAAGAAACACGUAAACUCCAAUGCGGGCUCUGCUACAUGCUCGGCCAAGAAUGUGAUGGUGGAUUUCCUUGCUCUCAAUGCGCCGACAUUGGGGACGCGGAGAAGUGCCGGUAUGGGCUUUGCAAGCGAGACAAGUUUGCCAACAGGACGAGGGAGUAUGGCUGCCUAAAAGAGAGCUGUAGUGCGGUUCAUAGCGAGCUUGGCUAUGGUUGGGAUCAGCAUAUCAGGAAUUCGGCGGCUAGGAAGUCUGCUUCCCAGGAGGAUGUCGAGGAGAUGGAAGCCGAUGAGAUGUCUGCGAGGAAGAGGAAGAGGGUGUCUUGA